AUUUAAUUAUGAGAAAUUAAGCGUUUUAUUUCAAAGAUGAAGUAUUAAAACAGCACUCAAAACGAUUAAAAUGAUUUCAAGUUAAUCUCUUAAAGGAAAAUCUGAUUAUGCAAAUCGUCAGUUUUACACAAUACGAACCUGUAAGAUGUGAUUAAACCAGUAAAUGAGGGUACUGAAAGUUCAAGUCUAUGCUGGACCUUUCGACAUGGCUUCCCCUUUCAACCAACUGCAAUGGCAUUCGAUCCGGUUCAGAAGCUUUUGGCCAUCGGCUCAAAAUGUGGAUCCCUCAGGAUAUUUGGACAACCAGGCGUUGACGUACAUGUCCGCCAUGACAUGGACGGUCCUCCAGGUUCAGCGGCCGUCAUCCACCUGCAGUUCCUGGUCAACGAGGGCGCCCUCAUCUCUGCAACUGCCGAGAAUACGCUCCACCUCUGGAACUUCCGACAGAAGGUUCCUCAGAUUGUGCAGAAACUCAAGUUCCAGAAAGAAAAAAUAACAUGUAUGAAUCUACCACUUCAAUCAAAGUAUCUGUAUGUGGGAACGGACCGAGGGAAUAUACACAUAGUAAACAUAGAAAAUUUUAAUAUAUCUGGAUAUGUGAUCAAUUGGAAUAAAGCGAUAGAAGUCUCUAGAAAAAGCCAUCCAGGUGUAAUAGUACAUUUAAGUGAUAAUCCUAUAGAUGCUAGUAAAUUAUUAAUAGGUUAUGAAACUGGACUGGUUGUGAUGUGGGACUUGAGAAACAAAGUGGCGGACAUGCGGUGGCAAACCACUGAGCUGAAGUCAAUAUCGUGGCACCACGAGGGCAAACAGUUUAUGUGCUCGCACUCCGAUGGCACCCUCACCACAUGGAGCAUCAAGUCGAACGCGAAAUACAUCCACAUUUCUCAACCACACGCAAAAAUGAAUAAAGAUGGGAAGCCAGAACAGUGCAAAGCUAUUAAUAAAGUAGAAUGGAAACUAUCAAAAUCAGGGGAAGCAUAUGUGAUAUUUUCCGGUGGAAUGCCUUAUGACCAAGCCAGCAGGACACCCAGUUUAACAGUUGUAUAUAGUAAAACUACCACGGUGCUCGAAAUGGAACAUAAUGUUGUCGACUUCAUUACGUUGUGUGAAUCGCCAUAUGCCAGCGAGGAGCAAGAACCGUACGCAAUAAUAGCCCUUCUACAAAACGACCUGGUGAUCAUGGAUUUGACGACAGCGGGUUUCCCCUGCCUGGACAAUCCCUAUCCAAUGGACAUUCACGAGUCACCGGUCACUUGCCUCAAUUACUUGGCCGAUUGCCCGGCCGAUUUGACGGGCGCCUUUUAUUCGGUGGGCAGAGCUGGGGCACUCAAGCGCCAGGGCUUCUCCGAAAUGCCUUGGCCGAUACAGGGCGGCACUUGGUCUGCGCAAGCGUGCAGCUACUCCGAAGUAAUCGUCACGGGACACGCGGACGGCAGCAUAAAGUUUUGGGAUGCGAGUGCUGGCACUCUCCAGGUUCUCUACAAACUAAAGACGGCGAAAGUGUUCGAAAAACCGAAAUCCCGAUCGAUGGACUCGGACGACGAUCCACUGGCGAUUCACAUAAUCGCCUUGUGCCCGGAGUCGCGUAAACUGUGCGUGGCGGGAGCGUCCUGUCACGUCGUGUUGUUCACGUACCAGAAGAAAGAAGCGAACGAGGAGAUCACGGUUCUGGAAGUACCUAUUGUUUACGAGGUACCCGACGAGGGUGAAAUCUCUCCCGAUUGCCAGUUUUCGGGACCUGGUAGCGCCGGAUCAGGCAACAAACUGGACAUGCUCGACAUUGACAAUAAAAAGGAUGGACCAACGUUAAAGGUUCGUUCUGGCAUCCAGAAAAAGGCUCCGGGAUUUCAAGCACAACUUGUGUGCCUCACACCUUGGAGCAACGGGGAGCCACCCAGCCACAUUACUUCGCUCACUAUUAACAGUUCAUAUGGACUAAUGGCAUACGGAAACGAGGCGGGCAUUGUGAUAAUAGACAUAGAGCAGAGAGUAUGCCUGCUGAACGUCGGCAGUCCUGACUUGUACGGCGCUCAGGAUCCUUACAGUCGCGUGCCUCGCAGUCCCAAGAAAGGUCAAACGGAUGCAAUUCCAAUCGGCGGAGAUCGGGAUGAGAGGCAACCUCGCAGUCCCAGCAUAGACCAGAUGGGAAGAUCCCCGGAAUCCCCCAAUCCCCAAAGCCCCUGCCCAAUUCCCAUCGAGCAAGCCUCCGAGGCCGUCGAGGAAGAUCGAGCCGUGCCGAUUCCGAUGAAGCGAAGGGCGUCCGUGUGGCGAGGUCUCAGCCGGCAAUUGUCCAAGGUCGAUCUGAAGAUAAAGAACCCGCUGAAAGAGAAACGUAGCAAUUCGAUAUUUUAUCCGAUUUCGCCGCCCGGCGGCAACGAAAUACCCGACGAUCCGGAGAAAUCGUCUCCGGAAUCCGACGACAAUACGGUGGUAGACAAUCAGAGCGUGAUCGACCUGUCGCUGCGCAGUCCCAAGGACGAGCAGAAGAAUCAGAAAGAGUCCCUGGAGAACUUGCAGUUUCCUCCGGGGGACGAUUGCGACGAACCGGCACUGAUGGUCGGAUCGUUGGGAGCGCAGGAAGAGAAACGCGUAGGCUUCCAACACAGACCGGACAAUCUUGAUUUGCCGGACGACGAGUCGUGUCCGAUCAGGCCUCCGAGAAGCUCGAAAAAGAAAGAGAAAAGAGACCAGAGACUGUUAUCGGUGCCAAACAUUAAAUUCCCCCGGACGGAGGCGCAAUCGUUGCACGAUCUCCGGGACAAAGAAGACAUCGUGGUCAGUCCGCAGCCGUCCUUUACCGGAAAUCUGAUGCGGCGUUUCAGAAAAGGUUGCAUAGAAAUGAUAUAUAAGCUCGACAGCUCCUUCUCACGGUCACGUUCGAGUUCCAUGAGCAGCUUGGAGAAUAUUACUUCCGAAGCCAUUCAGUGUUUGGCUUUUGCUGACUCGUUUUCAAGAAAAUCAGAUCCCUCAGUAUUAACUCCGACUCUUUGGGUGGGCACAAGUUUGGGCUCGGUGUUGACGAUAUACAUCUCGCCGCCGGAUCCGGAUAGCAGGUCGUCUCAGCCGGUGGUGGUGACGCUGGUAGGUGCGACCAUCUUCAGAGUGAAGGGAGCUAUUCUUACCAUCGGUUUUCUGGACUGUAAUGGUGCCCUCAUUCCUUACACUUUCGAAUCCUGGAAAGACGAUAACAAAGAAAAGAGGGACAAAACACCGACGAGAAACCAGAGCAGUAUGAGCCCCACUCUAGGAGAGACCAGGGGAGAGUUCGCAGACAGGCAAUUCGUUGUAAUAGCAAGCGAAAAACAAGCUCGAGUGGUGGCUCUUCCAUCGCAGACUUGCGUUUACAGACAACAGUUGGCUGAUACAGACUUCGUGGUAAAAGCUGAUAUAAUAUCUUUGAAAGAUAGCGUAUGUUUGGUGUGCUAUGUGUCGAAUGGGCACCUAAACGCCUACAGUUUACCCAGCCUCCGGCGACUCAUCGACAUUGACUUCCUCCCGCUUUCCGAACUUAGUUUCCAGACACAAUCUAACAAAGGCAUUGUAGAUCCAAUGUUGUCUAUUUGGGGCCAACAACUGAUUAUUAACGAGGACACAGAUCAGAUCGCCCGAACUUUCAACUUCAGCAAUAGGGGUCAUGGAUUGUACUUAGCCUCUCCUUCUGAACUUCAGAAAUUUACUCUUUGUACAGAAUUUUGCUCAAAUUUAACUGAAAUGAUGGGAGAACUAUUUUUAACAACUGAAAUGCCCGAAGCUCCCAAAGAAAGCUUUUUCAAGAGCGUCUUCGGUGGUGGAGUUAGAUCGUUGGAUCGAGAUGAAUUAUUCGGCGAGGCAAGCAGCGGCAAAGGCAACAAAUCGACCGCCAAACACGUUCCCACAAACAUGCAAGAUCUAAACUCUCGCGUCAACCGUUCAACCAACGAGGUGAGCCGCGCUCACAAGCUGAUGAUGGAGCGUGGCGACAAGCUGGGUGAACUGGAGGAUCGCGCUGAAAAAAUGCGGUCCGAAGCUGAAAACUUCGCGUCGACCGCACACGAACUGAUGGUGCGCAACCGGGACAAAAAGUGGUACCAGUUAUGAAGUGGUGCGGAGCAGCAUGAGGCGCAGCCACUGUACCGUCGAGAGUUAGGCUAGAGAGUGUAGUCGUAUAGUCAAUAGUAAAAUGAAUUUGGCGACACUGGCCCCGUUCUUUCGGCACGCAUUUGUCAUGUUUUCAGUUCGUCAUGAUUAAAAAUUAAUUGUGAGAAUAAUCAGUCGCUUAAAAACGAUUAACAUUGGUUUGAACAAUUUUGGAAUUUUAAAAUUCUUUACAUUAUAAAAAUGUAUUGUCAUACUUAUUUUAAACCAAACACACAAAUACAUGUAUGCUUUAUCAUUUUUAAUGCAAAAUGCCUUAAAACCAGUUGUACCGAAUUAAAGAUAGGCGUCAGUCGUCAAAUACGCUAUAAAAUUCUUACACUUAAUGCGAAUUGUGAUAUUCUAUUCUGCCUGAGGAUAGAUUUAUAACUAUUAUUACUAUUGUUUUGAGUCCUUUUAAUAUAUUGCACAUGUUUAUCGCACCCAAAAAUAUAUGAUCCAUUAUAAAAGGAGGAAAUACGAUACUUAAUAUGUUAAAUAGAUUUUAAUAUACCCUAAGCAAAUUGUAUCUUUGCUGACAUCAUAAAUAUUACAUUCCGUGUUUUAUCCAAGGUUUUUCCAGAUAUACUCAAAAUAAUUUCUAAAAUGGUUUAUUUUGUCUUCACGGUGUUUCCUCGUAAUAUUAAACACAUUUUGUGUACUUUGUUUGUUGGAUAAAACGCCGGAAUUCCUAUGUUAGAGUUUAUAAACAAAAUAUUUUACACAUAAGUCGUUUAAAGAAUACAAUACAAGGUGUUCCCCCUAGUGUGAGACGACAUUAUAUAACAAAUAGAUUCAGGUAUAACCAUUGACAUAUCAAACACAUAACAAAUUGUUGAAACUGACAGAAUUUUUAAAUAAAUAAAUAUAUAACACAACAUAUAACUAUGAAAUGGAUAUAUUCUUCUAACACUGGAGAACAACCUGUGUGGUAGUUUUAUAUAUAAAUGUAGAAAAGAACUGUUAUACGUCUUUAUUUAUUUUGUACUUUUCUAUAUUUGUGUUCAGUUUUGAAAUUAUAUAAUUCCUAGUCAGUUGCAUAGUCUUCAAAUAUAUUCUUCUAGAUUUUAGCGAUGCUGUGUGGCGUACAAUAAACUGACAUACCGAUAUAUUUAUAGUAAUGGAAUGUCGUAAUCGUUAUUUUGACAGAAACCUCAAAAUCAUUGAAUAAUAACUAAUUUUUGUACGGUUUUUUGUACGUCAGCCUAUUGCAUUAAAACCAAAUUACUGUAAAUAUAAUCCAAAACACUAGAAUAGAAGCAAAUAGUCGUUGUACAUACAGUGUUUUAUUUUAUUUUAGUUUAUAACAAGUAUUUGGAAGACAAUAAAAGUAUAUGUUUUAUCUCAUAAAGUAUUUGUUUAAUGUGUAAUAACAACUGUGCAGCAUCUUGUUAGAAAAUCUCUGUUAUGCAGACAUAUGUUUCGAAUAUACUGUACUGGCAUCACAAAAUUUUCUCUUUUCAACAGUUUCACGUUAACAAAAUAAAUUUUCUUCAAUCUAAAACAAACAAAAAAGUUUUAAUAAAAUCUUGUUAAAGUGAAACUUCCGCCUAUUGUAAAUUGUUUCAUGUCUUCCUAUUUAUCUAUUCAAAAUGAAAUGCCAAACAUACAUACCUACCGUCUCCGACGGGAGACCCUAAAAUAUGUGUUUUUAGUAGGUAGAAUUGGUUAUUACACCAUCAAAACACUUGGUUAGUGAUCAAAGUUAAUACAUGUAAAAAAAUUGUUUGUGAGAGGUUGAUACCUUGCAAAAUGGGUCUGUAUAGAAAUAAAAUUGUUUCAUUUUUUGACUAUUUUUAUCACGACCCAUUGAUCUAAUAAUGUACAUAGUCUUUUUACACAAAGGUCUGCCUCUUUGACAUGAAUAUUUACGAAGAACGCAAAUGAAUCGUUUAUGUAUGUUCUACAAUGUCAAGGAACAUGUUGGUAUAUAGUAAUGGUAUCCUUAAUAAUUUUUAUUUAUAUAUAAUAAAAAUUAUUUUGACCACAACUGUACUGUAUUGAACUUGGUUCAGGCAAGAACUAGUAUCUGCUUAAUUUAUCGCAUUGUCUAAUGUUUUACAGUAAAAUAUAUUUUUUAAAUAUAAAUAAUUUAAUAAUUUAACGUUAAGAUACUAAUUCAUUGCUAUGGCACUAAGUGCUAUUAUGGCAUUGUUUUAUCAUUUAUAUAUUUUAUUUGUUAUGUUUCUUAUGGAAAUUUUUAUUAGGAGUGGGAACAAUUGUUAAAUAUUGAGAAUAAUUAUUGUACAAAGCAUAAAGAAGAUAAGUGCUUCUUUUAAAUUUUGAUGUUAGCAACAAAUAGUGGUUACGUAAUAAAUACUAUCAAUCUUCUCGACUUUGUUUCAUGUAGAUUUUCUGUUCCCAUUUCUGUUCUUAAUAAACUGUUGUGCUAUUUAGUGGUUCAGAAAUUAUAUUACUGUUCUAUAAAUAAAGGAAGAUUUGUUUAUAC